GUCAUUCAGUGUUGAAAGUUGUUCAAGUGCUCUUAAGUUUUUUAAAAAAAAUCCUCAGUGUUUAUACACAUAACAUCAAAACAUUCUCAGAAUUCCGAGAUUCCCCAUUCUUAUCAGUGGUCCAUACUUGAAUUUGUAAAUAUAAAUAAUAAUUUGAGCAAAACAUAUUUAGACAUGGACGAGACAAUGUGGAAGAAAUUAAUGCAACUGAAUUCUCCGGAUGUUUUGAAUCAGCUAUGCUUAUAUUAUGGAAAUUUUUUACCUAUGGAAGUUCGUUUUCAUCUCGCAGAAUGGAUCGAAAAUACUAUAGUGAAGUUGUUGUGCAUCGACCCAGAAAAUCCCGAGUAUGAUUUUAUGACAAAGAAAUUUAAGAGUGACUUGAUAGAACAGAUGAAUCAUCGAUCAGAACAAAUGCUUACAGAAAAUAUGAUUCCAACAAAGGCUCGUCUUGAUGAAGCAGUAAAGCGAUUUCAAUACAUGAAUCCGACAGACUUAUUUUCUCAAAUUGCAGAGAUCAUCAGGAGAGAGUGUCAACUUUUGUAUGACUAUCAAAACGGAAAUUAUGCAAAUUAUGUCAGCAUAUCAAGAGAUAUCGAUCAAAAAAUUGAGAAUUUAAAAGACUUGAUCAGCUCUUUUCUCUCCAAUGACGUCACAAAAUGGACUAAAAACUUUUAUGUUUAUCAAGAGGAAUAUUACAUGAUCAAUGGUAACAAUUCACCUUUAAAUAACAUUAAUGGUGAUUCUCCGUCACAUCCAAUAGAAAUUAAUUUACAUACAUCCUCACUGACAUAUAUGCUGGAUGUGUUAAAGAAUAUACAAUUUCAUAUCACCGAAAAAUUGACAUCAAUUACGAGGGAGUGUCAAGAGAUUUUAAAUAGCGUUGUGGAUGACUUUAUACUACAGUGGAAGAGUAAUCAGUUAAUUUAUGGCAAUAAUGACUUCAGUAUCAAUGGAGCUAAUACUGAUAAAAUGAAUGUUUGGUGUUCAGAAUUGGGAAAAAUCUUUACAAAUUUAUAUGAAACUAUUAAGUCGUUGCAAGAUAAUCACAAACAAUUGCCAAAUGGAACUGAUAAUUUUGCAAACAUUUUAACAAGUCAAGGUCAUAUUUCGUUAAAUCUACUCCUUAAAUUGAUAAGAGAAUCACUGAUUGUUGAACAUCAACCGCCACAAGUGAUCAAGACAAAUACGAGAUUUACAGCAUCGAUUCGUCUGCUGAUUGGGGAUGCAUUGAAUAACAAAAUUGUGAAUGGGAUAGCACGCGGAACAAUCGUGUCAGAAGCACAAGCUAAAAACAUUAAUACGACCAAUGUUGAGCUAUCAUGUGGAGAAAUUGCAAGUAAUCAAGUGAAUUUAGAAGUUAAAGGAAGUUCUUUAACCGGACAGUUCCGAAGUAUGCUUCUUAAAAAUUUUAAGAGAGUCGGCAAAAAGUCAUGUGAAAUGGUGACUGAUGAGAAAUUUGCGAUUGUCUUUACAAUAUCGAUGGAUAUUUAUGGAAGGCCAUUGAAGGAGAAGAUUCUGAGCCUUCCAAUUGUUGUAACUGUCCAUGGUUCACAAGAAACUAAUGCUUGGGCAACGAUUUUAUGGGAUAAUGCUUUUGCACGUACCAGUCGACAAUAUUUUGCCGUGUCUGAUACAAUUUCAUGGAAGGAAUUUGGACAAGCAUUAAGCUAUAAAUUCCAUUCAGUGACAGGUCGUGGAUUGACAGAUGAAAAUUUGCAUUUCUUAGCAGAAAAGUUUUUCGAUCAACCUGUCCCUUGUCCCGUCCCAGAUACACAUUUAGUCACAUGGAGCUCAUUUUGUAAAGAAAAACUUCCAUUUCGAGAAUUUACAUUUUGGGAAUGGUUUUAUGCUUGCUUGAGAUUAACAAAAGAUAACUUGAAGAAUGCUUGGUACGAAGAGCGAAUUAUAGGAUUCAUAGACAAGAAAAAAACAGAGGAUCAAUUACAUGGCUCACCGCAUGGGACAUUCAUUUUACGUUUCUCAGAUAGUGAAUUAGGUGCUUUAUCUAUUGCAUGGCUUAAUUCACAAGGAUUAAAUGCUGCAGAAAUACUUCAUAUCAGACCUAUUAAUUCAAAAGAGUUCGAUGCAAUCAAUAUAAAUCAACGGAUACAUGAUGUUGACGAGCUGACUUAUUUAUAUCCAAACAUUCCGAAGGAUGAUGCAUUUAGGAUUGAUAGGAAUCCACAUUCUCCUGGAGAUUAUGUUGCAUUCAGAACAGUAAUGAGGGUUGACAUAAAAAGGAGAUAAAUAGCAUUUAACUAAAGUAUUUUUUGUAACUGCCAUAAAAUUUUUAAAUUUUUAUUCUGCA